CGACACGAACACUGUGAAGCCCCAGCCCAAAACCAUCACGAUACCCGACUAAACUAGAACUACUUUUGUCUGUCUGCUUCACUGUCAGUAGUAACUUCGCAAGCUUCUAUCCUGGCUCGGCCGCCAUUAAUUUUACAAUCCCCAGUUAAACGUGUUCUCAUCCUCCCUCCCCCCCCAUUUCCUUGCAACGCUAUUCGCUAUGAGCGUGAUGCGCUGGGAGUGACCGUCACGAGCAUGGAACGGACACGGAUCGCCAAGGUCGAGGAUGUGACCUUGGCGCGCCGUGGGGAACAGGUCGUUGGCACGCUCCAUCUGACUCCGCACCAUCUGAUAUUCUCGCAUACUCCUCCAAUCUCUGAAGAAGCACGGGUGAAGGGAACAGUGGCCAGACCAAGAGAGCUGUGGAUCACGUAUCCGAUUAUCGCUUUCUGCACUUUCAGACCGGCCCCUGCUGUGUCCAGGCAGCCCUCCUCGAUUCGGCUGAGAUGUCGCGACUUCACCUUCGUCUGCUUCUACUUUUCAAGCGAGAACAAAGCUCGAGAUGUGUAUGACAGCAUCAAGCUAUGGACCUGCAAGAUCGGUCGCAUCGAAAAACUUUACGCCUUUAGCUACCAGCCACAGCUCCCGGAGAAGGAUUUCAAUGGGUGGAGUCUGUACGACGCUCGCAAGGAGUGGGCUCGUCUGGGGGUUGGAAAGGAAGGCGGACAUCCGGGUUGGCGCAUCUCGGAGGUCAAUAUCGACUAUACAUUCUCCCCGACCUAUCCAGCUCUCCUUCCGGUCCCCCUAGCCAUAUCGGAUAACACGCUCAAUUACGCAGGCCGAUACCGUUCUAGAGCACGAAUACCAGUCUUGACAUAUCUUCAUCCUGUCAACAACUGUUCAAUCACGCGGAGCUCGCAGCCACUCGUGGGCGUCCGUCAGAACAGAAGCAUCCAAGAUGAGAAGUUGUUGGCAGCCAUAUUCUCGACGUCGCGUUCAGAGAGGCCUCUGUCGAAUGUCACUCCACCACCAUCGGAACCAGGUUCUAAUACGUCGAGCCAAGAGGAGACCCUAGGUGGUCAGGCAGAUUUUGAACUCACGAACGCGGAGGAGCUGGAGGAUGAAGUGGUGGGCGCGGUACGCGGGGAUACAGAGGAGAAGUCACACAUCUAUGGUGCUCAGCAGCACAAUCUCAUCGUUGAUGCUCGACCUACGGUAAACGCUUUCGCAAUGCAAGCUGUGGGCCUGGGAUCGGAGAACAUGGACAACUACAAAUUCGCUACAAAGGUAUAUCUUGGUAUUGACAACAUUCAUGUCAUGCGGGAUUCGUUGAACAAGGUUGUCGAUGCGCUCAAGGAAUCUGAUGUCACGCCACUUGGGCCAAACAGAGAGCAGCUUGUGAGGAGUGGAUGGCUGAAACAUAUCGCUGGUAUCCUAGACGGUGCGGGCUUGAUAGCUCGUCAGGUUGGGUUACAGCAUUCACACGUUCUGAUACACUGUUCGGAUGGGUGGGACCGUACCAGCCAGCUCAGUGCUCUAAGCCAGAUAUGCCUUGAUCCGUAUUAUCGAACAUUGGAAGGAUUCAUGGUGUUGGUAGAAAAGGAUUGGCUGUCUUUCGGUCACAUGUUCCGUCAUCGAGCUGGACACCUCAACAGCGAGAAGUGGUUCCAGGUCGAAAACGAAAGGAUCGGAGGUGAUUCCAAUAGGGCUUUCGGAGAGACUGGGGGCGCGGGGAAGGCUCUCGAGAACGCCUUUCUCAGCGCAAAAGGGUUCUUCAACAGGGAUAACACGAGCCGCGACUCCCUGGGCGAAUCAGAUGGGGAAAUGCAAUCGUACGAUUCGGAGGGCCCCGUGCCCAAAAAGAUCAGCGCCACUUCGAAACCGGUGCUAUCGGAGAAGGAGGUGACGAAAGUCAAGGAGACUAGUCCAGUAUUCCAUCAAUUCUUGGACGCCACAUAUCAGCUGCUAUACCAGUAUCCAACACGCUUCGAGUUCAAUGAACGCUUUUUACGGCGUCUCUUAUACCACCUCUAUUCCUGUCAGUACGGUACAUUCCUUUUCAACAGCGAAAAGGAACGUGUCGAAGCGCGGGCAAAGGAGAGGACAAGGAGCGUAUGGGAUUACUUUCUGGCCAGACGGGAACAGUUCCUGAACCCAAACUACGAUCCCCUCAUUGAUGACAAUAAAAGGGGAAGGGAACGUCUUAUCUUUCCUCGAACUAGUGAAGUGAGAUGGUGGCCCGAGGUCUUCGGACGGACCGAUGCAGAGAUGAAUGGUCCCCGGUACGGUGUCUCCACCAGCCGGGACAGUUCAAGAACCGGGAGGCGAACGCCAGUCCUGACCGGUGUCGAGACAACCAAACAGGCAGUGGGCAGUGGUUUGCCUGGAAAGGUAGUCCCUGCUGCAGCUGCAACGGGGGUGGCCGCCCUCACAGCCGGGUUCUCCAACCUGGGGUUGCCCAAGAACAAGGAGAAUAGCCAGGACACCAAGUCUUCAUCGAGCGGUACCAGUGAGAUGGAAGUCGAAAUGCAAUGAAAGCGUCUUUGAUGCAUGUCUUUACGUUUUGCAACAGUCAUGUUUGUUUCGGAAAGCAAGAGGCGUACUGGUUGGCAUUGUUGGAACAGCCACGGACCACUUGAGCGUGAUUGAGCUAUGUGACUUUAGAGCACGAUACAUCUUCCUGUUAUUGAGAGCAUCUCCGGAAGAGACUCUGAAUUUGACUGGAGAAUACAAUUCCUUUGCUUUGAUGGUUUCUUGUCAGUUUGAUUGACAUAGUCCGUAAGUAGGUGCAAGUAGCAGAUAGGAUAUCAUCACCAUGGAUGUUUCUGACCGUAUAGAGUCGAUAGGGCUGGACAGAUAGCAAGAUGAGGACUAUCAAGUACCUAGUUAUCUAACUAGUUAUGGGUUGUAGACUUGUAGACUUGUAGUUCAGUCAGGUUGGGCUGGACCAUCCCGAUCGGGAAAGGCGGCAGAGUGCGCGCAAGCGAGGGCAAACCCCAAGCCCUAUCCGAAAAAUCCCCCACUAACGCGGAA